AUGGUUCAAGCAACGGGCGAAGAGCGCGCUGUUCACCUGGCACGGGAGGCUGUCGAGCUGUUCGAUGCUGGUCACCGCGAUGCCGCCUCCCGAAAUCUGAGAGAGGCGUUGUGCAUUUCAAAGGACAACACCGCCGUGAAGGCCGCUCUCCUUAAAAUCCAACAGGAAGAAGAAAGUGGCCACCCGCUCCUCGACCUCUGCCGCCGGUACACAGCUCGCAAGGACGAGAUCGCCGGAAAAGAUGCCGCAGCCUACCUCCGCACUGAUGGCCUGAAGCCUCCCGAGAAUGUCGCCUUGGAGGCGCUGAAACUUCUUCUCGAUCAGCGGGCGCAGUCACUUUCAGAAAUCCAAGACGAGAUCAUCUCGGGACUGGUCCGCCAAAAUGUCAGCGUUCGUCAAUACUUCUCCGAUCAACUUCAGAUCUCCGUGACGACUUUCUUCGACGAAAUCUAUGAUCGCGGAGACGGCGCCGCGGUGUGUCUCGACACAGUGGUCUUGGACCCGCAAGUCUGGCCCUGCGAGGACAAGCGUCUCCACUGCGAGAGUGAACUCUUUCAGCUAUUCUUGGCCAAAUUGAUGGAAUCCGGCCACGACCUCGACGGUCGCGCUUUGAAGGGAAUUACGCGACUGCUGGCGGUCGACGCAAGCCGCUUGCAGCAUUUGGUCGAUGAGGAGGAGUUCGAGGUCAUUCUGACCUCUCUGGACAGUCGACUCCCUCUGGAGCUGCGCAGCCAGGCUACCUUGGCUACUGCCAAGUACCUGGACGUGGCCAAGGAGACCGGUGAAAAGCAGUUCAGCACUUUGAUCAACGCCAAAAUCGCCAAAGGUCGACUGAAUGACCUGAUCAUCGCCUUCUCUGCCGUCGCUGCGGUUUUCCCAGUAGCUCCUGGUGCCGCGGCGGGUAUCUUCUUGUCCGAAGAGUUCACCAAGGCUUUGGGCCCCCUCGUGACUCGGGACGCCACUCGCAAAAGAGUCGAAGUCUCCAUCUUGGACUUGCUGAAUGCCGCUUGCAUCGAUCGAGCCUGCCGGGAAUAUGUUGCAAAGAAUUUCUCGGACUGGUUGUCGCAUACUUUGACCAAUGGAAGUGACGAGGGCUCGGAGCUGGCUGCGGUGGUGCUGGCGAAGAUUCGCGCCUCCGAACCCACCCAGUCCGCGACCAAGAAUGGUGAGGCCCAGGAGGAGACUGCAGGAGUCACGGACUUGGUGCAAAGAUUUAAGGGACUAAUGACUGAAUCCAAGGUUGAAAACAUUUCGCACGCCGUGGAGGGUCUGGCUUACUCGUCUGUCGAGCCCUCGGUCAAAGAUCAAAUUGCCAAGGACCCUCAGUUUCUGUGCAGUUUGAUCAGCGUCUUGAAACAACAAACCAGCGAGUCUUCCGUAUUAUAUGGUGGUCUUGUGAUCCUUUCCAAUCUCACCCAAUUUCUUCCCGCCAUGUCCGAGGAGCAGAAGAAGAUGUCCCAGCUGAAGAAGUACGCCGAUGCUUCUGCCGGGCACGCGCGCGCUCCUACUGAUCCCCGUGACGAAGAUGAGGCAGUGCUUGAUCGGUGCGGGGCGUUGAUUGAUGCCGGGGUUAUGGCACUCCUUAGCGAGUGUGGCCGACUCGCCUCUCCGUCUGUCCACGACUUGACCGCCAAGAUCAUGUUGGCCCUUGCACGGAGAACCAAAUCGCGAGGAGCGUUGGCUCAACAAGGCGCAAUCAAGCUGCUGCUGAGUCUUUCCAUCACGAAGCCCACCCAAUCCAACACAGCCUACGAAACAACCCGGAACGCCUCUCACGCAUUGGCUAGAAUUCUGAUCUCGGUCGAUCCUUCACACAUAUUCCCAUCGACGGGAUUCCCUCAGGCGACCUCUCCUGUUCGACCAUUGCUUUCACUUCUGGCCUCCCCUGGUGGCGCUACGAUCUCUGUGGACCAGCCUCGUGAUCUUCUGCCCAUCUUUGAGAGUCUUCUUGCUUUGACCAAUCUGGCAUCCUACCCACGUGAUGAUUCCCCGGCGGAGUUGAUUGUGCGCGAGGGCUGGUCGGUCAUUGAAGAGCUGCUGUUGUCCAGUAACUCUCGUGUGCAGCGGGCUGCUUGUGAACUGGUAUGCAACCUGAUGACCUGUGAAUCCGGCAUCAUCAAGUUUGCCGAUGCUACGAAGAGAGCUUCUCAACGACUUCACAUCAUGCUCGCUCUUACCGAUGCAGACGACACGGCCACUCGGCGUGCGGCAGGGGGUGCCAUUGCUAUGCUGACCGAGUUUGACGCGGCGGUGGCGGCCGUUCUAGAAAGACCUGGUGGAGUUGAACUGCUCAUUGGUCUCUGUCAAGACGAGGAUGAUGCUCUGGUCCACCGAGGUGUUGUGUGUCUUCAAAACCUCACCACGGCCUCGGGCGACAUUGGCGAGCGUGCCAGAGCCGCUGUCCGUUCGGCAGAGGGCGUUGAGGUUCUGACCACUUGUCUUAAAAAGACGUCCAACCCCGCUAUCAUCCAGACUGGAGUUGAGGCGUUGAAGCCUUUGGUGCAACCCUCGAAGUGCUGA